UCUAGAUAAACAUCAUGUCAAUGGGAACAGAAUGGUUGAACCUUUCCCAGAGGGAACACAGAUGGCUCUGUUUGGUAUGGGCUGCUUCUGGGGAGCUGAGAGGAAGUUCUGGAGGCAGAAAGGAGUUUACUCCACUCAAGUGGGUUAUGCAGGAGGACAUACCCCAAACCCCACCUACAAAGAGGUGUGCUCAGGCAGAACUGGGCACACCGAGGCCGUCCGGGUGGUGUUUGAGCCACAAAACAUCAGCUUUGAGCAACUGCUCAAGGUCUUCUGGGAGAAUCAUGACCCGACACAAGGGAUGCGGCAGGGGAACGACGUCGGCACUCAGUAUCGCUCGGCCAUCUACACCUUCUCCCAGGAGCAGAUGGAAGCUGCCCUGAGAUCCAAGGAGGAAUACCAGAAGGUGUUGACGAAGGGAGGCUUUGGCCCCAUCACCACGGAGAUCCGGGAGGCUCCCGAGUUUUAUUACGCCGAGGAAUAUCACCAGCAGUACCUCAGCAAGAAUCCCGGCGGCUACUGCGGCCUGGGCGGGACGGGGGUUUCCUGCCCCAUCGGCCUCAGGACAUAGCCUGUGCUCGCUCCACCACCUCCUCCUCACUGUAGAGAGCUUGGGAAAACACACCCAGGAGCCCCGGUGGAUGUUCCCCCAGCAUCCCUGGAUAAAGAUUCGGGAAUCUGCUGGGGAGGCUUUCCGUAAUCAUAAGUUUUCUGCUUGUUGACAUCAAGAGCCAAAGUAGAGGCAGGAACUGGUCCUGUCGCAGCUUCUUGCUCUGUGCAGCUCCCGGGGUUUCCUUGUUGUCUGGAGAGGUGGAAAGAGAUCCAAACUUCCGAAAGUUUGCCUCGGAAUGCUGUUAAAAGGGUGAAUUAGGAGGUGGUUGCACCCGUAGCUGCUUCACAUUUCCAGCGCCUUUGGGCUUGUUGAUCUUCUUAGGUUAAAUAAUUUCCUGGUGUUCCCAGAGCUUUGACUUCUGGAGAUGUGGUUGGGUUCUUUACCUGUCACAGCCCUGGAAUCUGAUGUCUUUGGGAAUGAUGAAUUGACCAGAUCAGUGAUUCUCCUACCACAACUCCGCUUUCAUGGCAUUUAGUACCACCUGUAUUGCCUAUUCUCUGAAAUUAUUUUGGCCAGAAAAAGUCAAAAUUGUAAUGUGAUGCUUCUUUUUGACAGUUCCAAGAAGUGAAUAAACACAAAAAAGAAAUCA